AUGGCUGGCAGUGACAAUAGAUAUCGUAUGCUUGUUUUGUUAGAAGAAGAGAGUGAAGAAGUGAUAGAAAAAUUUGAAGAUAAUGAUAAUGGGGAACAGCCAAAACAAGAAUCUACAAAAUCUCAUGAAUUUAUUGAAGAACUAAUCCUGCCAUUUGAAACAAGUGAAUUAGAUACUUUGAAUGAGUGGUUUGAUAAGUUUGAUGAAGAAAUCUGUAUACCGAAUGAAGGAAAUAUCAAAUAUGAAAUUAGUAGUGACGGUCUGGUCGUUUUACUCAUAGACAAACAGAUUGAAAAUGUAGUGGAAAAGGUAAAAGAGUUUGUUAAUAAUAACCAAUAA